AUGGGGAAGGCAGCUAAGGCCGGCCUCUGCUACUCGAGAGCUCGACGGGACGCAGAGAUCGCUCCGGUUGGCUUCUUAAAGAAGUAUCCCGCUCUUGUUGCUGGCUUUUUCUUCUUCAUGUACUUUUUGAAUGUAAUAUUUAACAUUCUGAACAAGAAGAUUCACAAUUACUUCCCCUACACCUACGCAGUUUUGUCUUUUGUGUCGGUUAUUCACUUGUUCGAUGGGGUGGUUUACUGUUUGAUCAGUUGGGACGUGGGCCUCCCCAAGCGGGCCCCUAUUGAUUCAAACCUACUGAAGUUGUUGAUCCCCGUUGCUGUAUGCCAUGCAGUAGGCCAUGUAACUAGCAAUGUCUCCUUUGCAGCUGUUGCCGUCUCUUUCACCCACACAAUCAAAGCUCUUGAGCCUUUCUUCAAUGCUGCUGCUUCCCAGUUCGUACUUGGACAAUCCAUACCAAUUACGCUAUGGCUGUCUCUUGCUCCCGUUGUUAUUGAUAAACAAACUAUAAAACUCUGCUAUGAUAUUGGCAUAUUGCACUUGAAUUGUUAA